AUGGCUAUCCAAAACCAGUCGCUUCUGCCAAAUGAGGAGCGAAUGGAGAAAUCUAGUCAAAUCUCGCACAUUGCACUCAAAUUCCCUUCAUCACCCUCGUUAGGGAGGACGCCGAUAUCCGGAGAUUCCUUGGCAGCGGGCACGCAGAAUCCCGGAUAUUCCAAAGUCACACCCUCACUUCACGAGACGUCCAAAGUACCACGAAAAUCAAUUCCGAGCAAGCUACAUGACUAUUGGGUGUUAGAGAUAGCCCCAUGCUGUGGUAGCCUAUGUGCCCUAAUAGGAAUUGUGGUCUUGCUUUGGAUGUACAAUGGCAAGAAGCUUCCAGAUUGGAAAUGGGGAAUCGCAAUCAGUUCGGCGUUAUCGUGGCUAGUGCAAGUCAUCACGGCCCUUCUGCUGCAACCUAUUGCUGCUUGUCUCAACCAGGCGAGAUGUAUCUAUCUCAACAAGUGCAAACACCUACUUUUAGUGAUCAGUUUGUAUGACCUUGCCAGCAGAGGCCCAUUAGCCAGCCUUCUGCUACUCUGGCAAACAGAUAUAGGGACAGGUCCCUUAGUGCAGCAGAUGGCGAAGGUUGAGUGCAAGCUUGUUCCGAGUGCUGAACCUGCGUCUAUCGCUUGA